ACGGGCAUUUUGAGUGGGUUGUCAUGCCCUUUGGCCUCACCAAUGCCCCCGCAACUUUUCAAGCAGCAAUGACGACUGAGUUUCGCGACUUGCUCGAUCGCAGCGUCCUCAUCUACCUUGAUGACAUCUUGGUUUAUAGUAGGACGUUGGACGAGCACAUCGUACACCUUCGCGUUGUUCUGAAUCGUUUGCGACUAGCCAAGUACAAAGCGAAUCUCGACAAGUGCGAAUUCCCCAAGCAAGAGCUUGAGUACUUGGGUCAUUUUGUCACGCUGAAAGGCAUUCGUCCCUUAGCGGACAAGAUCCAAGCCAUCGUGGAUUGGCCGGAAUCCCGUUGCACGACGGAUGUACGCUCUUUCAUGGGUUUGGCUGGAUAUUAUCAGCGAUUCAUCGAGUCAUACUCGAAAGUGGCCGCUCCUUUGUCAAGACUUCAGUCCCCGAAGGUGCCCUUCGAGUUCGACGACGCAGCCCGUGGCGCGUUCACUACGUUGAAGGCAGCGAUGCAAGCCGCACCUGCCCUCCGUAUAUACGACCCCACCCUACCCACCCAAGUGACUACGGACGCUUCGGGAUACGGUAUUGGUGCGGUGUUGGAACAGUGUCACGAGGACGGUUGGCAUCCGGUUGAUUAUUUCUCCCGAAAGGUGCCUCUCGUCAACACUCUCGACGACGCUAGGAAGAAAGAGCUACUCGCGUUUGUCACCGUUCUCAAACGGUGGCGCCACUUUCUUCUCGGCCGUCGGCGUUUCAAAUGGAAUACGGACAACAAUCCGUUCACCUUUUAUAAAACGCAGGACACGGUCACUAGCACGAUCAGUCGAUGGAUGUAUUACAUCGACCAGUUCGAUUUUGACCCAUGCCACAUUCCUGGUCCCGCCAAUCGAGCUGCGGACGCCCUCUCACGACGGCCCGACUUUUGUGCCAUGGUGACCACGGCAUUCGACCUCGAUGACGAUCGGCAGCCGCAUUUCGUCAAAGGCUACAAGUCUGAUCCGACUUACUCUCAGCUUUACGAGGAGCUUUCAUCGGAUCACCCGCCGGCUAGCCACUAUCGGAUUUCCGACGGGUUCCUUCUCCUUCACACGAGAGGAAAGGACUUGUUAGUUGUGCCCCAAGAUCGCAUCUUACGGACUCCGCCUGAGCUCGCACGACUCUUGCACACCGGUUGGAUUACCAACCAAGGUGUUCCGGAAGACGUAGUGAGCGACCGAGAUACUCAUUUCAUGUCAGCCUUUUGGACUUCCCUCAUGGGUGAGUCCGGUACGACAAUGAAACCGAGCUCGGCUCGGCACCCGCAGACGGAUGGUCAGACGGAACGAGCGCACCAGACCGCUCAGAUGAUAUUACGUACGCUCAUCCGGCCCGACCAGAAAGAUUGGGUUGACCGGCUUCCCGACAUCGAGUUCGCCUAUAACACUUCGGUGCACCCGACGAUCUGCGUCACACCAUUCGAGUUACAUCAUUGUGGAGAGAAAGCACGGAUCUUCGCUGAUCUCCUUUUGCCACAGGCUGCCGACAUAGACGUCCCUUGCUCUCCCGCUUCCGUCCGGAAGUACCGAGACUUGCUGAUCAAAGCCCGCACAAAUAUGCAAAAGGUUCAGAUCCGCAUGCAGCAGCAGGCUAACCGACGUCGACUUCCAUGUCCUUUCCGCGAGGGAGACCUUGUUUGGGUCCUCUCCGAGGAAUUUGCGCUCGAGCAGGACGUUUCGCGCAAACUCCUUCCGAAAUGGUUCGGACCAUGGGAAGUCACUUCUGUCGUUGGAGACGAUCCCGCAGGUCCUUCCUUCGUGAUCAACAUUCCACCGCACCUGACAGUGCAUCGGGUCUUCCACGCAUCGAAGCUCGCCAUCUACACACCACCUUCAGAUGACRAGUUYCCCSGACGUCGAUCAYAGGAUCCGCCCUCCAUGGACGGACAUCAGGAAGUGGACCGAGUCAUCACGCACCGCAAGUAUGGCAACAAGCCAAUGCAGUACAAAGUCACAUUCAAGCAAUGUGCGCCUGACGACACUCGGUGGAUCUCCUGUACAGAUUUGCACACUUCUGCACCCCUUAUCUUCGCCGACUAUGAGAAGCGACGCCUUGCUAAGGACGCAGCUCAUGCCGUAGCCGCCGCCAAAGCUCAGGAGGAGGCAGCAGAGGCAGAACGUCAGCGGCUUGCCAAUGAGGCGGCAGCCCAAGCUCAGCAGUCUGCUGAGGCUGACGCAGCGGCACGAGACCAACGGAAUGCCACUAGUACGGAGUCUCUGAUUCAUAGUGAAAGUCAGUGGACAACGUUCCUCCAAGGCAUGAUCUUUGUACCUUCGGACGCGCAGGCAGAUCCGACACCGGCGGAGGCAGAGAGGACUCACCUGGCUAACUUGAUGCUGGGCAUGAUGAGAGGCAUCAUGUGGAAUAACACACUGCUGCAGGCACAUCUGCGCACGGAACGACAGSAGCGACAAAAGUACCAGCAAGACAUUGUUGUUUUAACAACUKCCAUCCGCGCCGAAGCAACGCAGCAGCAGCAACAGCAUCAGCUGUUGAACUCCGCUCUCGCACGCAUCAGCAGCACUGAGGCUAACGCCUCAGCAGCGUCAKGUUGCACGACAGAUGCGACGAAGCAACUCAAUGAGCGCAUCGAUCACGUCGUCACCAUCAUCGGCGACAUAGGUGUUUUCAGUAGGCCGGACACGAUCAGUAGCACGGUGGCCGCCAUCAAGACGGACAUCACCAAGCUGCAGACGAGACCGGACGCCGCUACAAAGACUUACAAGAUGCCGCACUUCGACAUCAGCAAGUUCGACGACUACAACAAGUCGGACGCCUUGACAUGGUGGCAACGUUUUCUCACGGAAGCAUCAUGCCACACUGUCCCGGCAGACGACAUGAUGAAGGCACUCUACUUGCAACUAAUUGGAGGAGCGCAGGCUUGGAUGAACCAUCUGGCGGCUACCAACAAAUGCACCAUCGCCGACCUCCACACGCACAUCACGUGGAAUGAGUUCGAGAAGCUAUGGUUCACUCGGUUCAUGGUCCGCAACGUCGUGAAGGCGGCCAUGAACGAGGUGUACACCUGCUCUCAAGGAAAUAUGCAAACUCGAGACUGGACAACCAAGUGGCGGAAGAUAGUGACCACGCCAGGAUUCAAUUUGAGUUUUCCAAAUCAACGAUCCGAGUUCUUCUCGCGAUCGUGCGCGGGACUGAGGUCGGCACUCGGCAACGAGUACGACUAUGACACGUUCCAGGCCAUUCUGGAUCGUGCGAACUUAGUCAUCCAAACGGAUGACAAGGCCGCAAACGAACGGCAGUCCCAGCCGCAUUAUGUGGCUCAGCAGGGCUAUCAAYGUUCGGCACAUAACAAUGUCGUGAUUUCUGAAGAAACAGACGACCUCCACGCUGCAGCAGCAUCCUCGAGUGAUGGAGGAAUUGUAGCAGCGCUCCCGCCGAAGAGUCCCAAGAGAGUUCGGAAGAACAAGGCGACACAAGAGACAGCAUCGACGGGAACUGGGCAGCAGCCAUGAACGGCUUACAAGAUAACCAAGGAUGUCUAUGACCUUCGUCAAAAGUACGGAUACUGCCUCUGGUGCAA